AUGACUGUCAUGACCCCCGCCCCUAUUGAUCAACCAGAGGACGAGGAGAUGCUCGUCCCACACUCGGAUUUGCCCGAAAACAAUCACCAACCCAUGGAAGUUGUUGCACAACCUGAAACUGCUAAUAAUGUGGAGAACCAGCCAGUGGAGGAUCCUCCAUCAUCAAGAUUCACGUGGAGAAUUGACAAUUUUUCUAGGAUGAAUACAAAGAAGCUUUAUUCAGAUAUAUUUGUCGUUGGUGGCUAUAAAUGGCGUGUGCUUAUUUUUCCUAAGGGAAACAAUGUAGAUCAUUUGUCUAUGUAUUUGGAUGUUGCGGAUUCAGCAAGUUUGCCAUAUGGGUGGAGUAGAUAUGCACAGUUUUGCUUGGGGGUCGUCAAUCAAAUUCAUAACAAGUAUUCAGUACGAAAAGACACACAGCAUCAGUUCAAUGCGCGAGAAAGUGAUUGGGGUUUCACAUCCUUCAUGCCUCUUAGUGAUCUUUACGAUCCCAGUAGAGGGUAUCUUGUGCAUGAUACACUUAUAAUUGAAGCUGAGGUUCUCGUUCGUAGGGUUGUAGAUUACUGGACAUAUGACUCGAAAAAGGAGACAGGUUAUGUGGGGCUUAAGAACCAAGGAGCAACUUGCUACAUGAACUCUCUCCUCCAGACUUUGUAUCAUAUUCCUUAUUUCAGAAAGGCUGUUUACCAUAUGCCCACAACUGAGAAUGAUUUGCCAUCGCAAAGCAUACCUUUGGCCCUGCAGAGUCUAUUUUACAAGCUUCAGUACAGUGACAAUAGUGUGGCAACAAAAGAGCUGACGAAGUCUUUUGGAUGGGACACGUAUGAUUCAUUUAUGCAGCAUGACGUGCAAGAACUCAAUAGGGUUUUGUGUGAAAAACUUGAAGACAAAAUGAAGGGAACUGUUGUAGAGGGAACUAUACAGAAGUUGUUCGAAGGACACCAUAUGAACUACAUUGAAUGCAUCAACGUGGACUACAAGUCAACAAGAAAGGAAUCAUUUUAUGACCUUCAGCUUGAUGUCAAAGGUUGUCGUGAUGUAUAUGCUUCUUUUGAUAAGUACGUAGAAGUUGAACGUCUCGAGGGUGAUAACAAGUAUCAUGCUGAACAGUAUGGAUUGCAGUUGAAACGAUUUGAGUACGACUUUAUGCGGGACACAAUGGUGAAGAUUAAUGAUCGUUAUGAGUUCCCAUUGCAACUUGACCUCGAUCGAGAGAAUGGAAAAUAUUUAUCACCUGAAGCUGAUAGGAGUGUUCGUAACCUUUACACACUUCACAGUGUUUUGGUACACAGUGGUGGGGUGCAUGGUGGGCACUAUUAUGCCUUUAUCAGGCCAACGCUUUCUGAUCAGUGGUAUAAAUUCGAUGAUGAGAGGGUCACAAAAGAAGAUAUAAAGAGGGCACUAGAGGAGCAGUAUGGUGGUGAGGAAGAGUUACCACAGACAAACCCUGGAUUCAAUAACACUCCUUUCAAAUUUACGAAGUACUCAAAUGCGUACAUGCUGGUGUACAUACGUGAAAGUGACAAAGAUAAAAUAAUCUGCAAUGUGGAUGAGCAGGACAUCGCUGAACAUCUAAGGGAGAGGUUAAAGAAAGAACAAGAAGAAAAGGAACACAAGAAGAAAGAAAAGGCAGAGGCACACCUAUAUACUAUUAUAAAGGUUGCCCGGGACGAGAACCUUGUCGAGCAGAUUGGGAAGGAUAUUUAUUUUGAUCUUGUUGAUCAUGACAAAGUUAGAAGUUUUCGUAUUCAGAAGCAGACGCCUUUUAACGUAUUUAAGGAGGAGGUUGCGAAAGAGAUUGGUAUACCAGUGCAAUUUCUGCGAUUUUGGUUGUGGGCGAAGCGUCAAAACCAUACAUAUCGUCCUAACCGUCCAUUGACGCCUGUGGAGGAAACACAAUCUGUUGGACAGUUGAGGGAGGUAUCAAACAAGGUUCAUAAUGCAGAACUAAAGUUAUUCUUAGAAGUAGAGCUUGGGCUGGAUUUACACCCUAUCGCUCCACCUGACAAGACAAAGGAUGACAUUCUGCUUUUCUUUAAGCUUUAUGAUCCAGAAAAAGAAGAACUACGAUAUGUUGGAAGGCUUUUUGUGAAGAGUACUGGUAAGGCAGCUGAAAUAUUGUCAAAAUUAAAUGAAAUGGCUGGCUAUGCUCCUGAGGAAGAGAUUGACCUUUAUGAGGAAAUUAAGUUUGAGCCCAAUGUCAUGUGUGAACCCAUCGACAAGAAAUUCACAUUUCGAGCCUGCCAGCUCGAGGAUGGAGACAUUGUUUGCUUUCAGAAGCCCACUCCAGUUGAAAAUGGAGAACAUCUCCGCUAUCCAGAUGUCCCAUCUUUUCUGGACUAUGUGCACAACCGUCAAGUUGUUCACUUCCGAUCUCUUGAGAAACCCAAAGAAGAUGAUUUCUCCCUAGAAUUAUCGAAACUCCAUACCUAUGAUGAUGUUGUGGAACGAGUUGCUCAGCAACUUGGUUUGGAUGAUCCAUCCAAAAUUAGGCUUACAUCGCACAACUGUUACUCACAACAACCCAAACCUCAGCCAAUUAAGUAUCGGGGGGUUGAACGCUUGACUGAUAUGCUGGUCCACUACAAUCAGACUUCGGAUAUAUUGUACUAUGAAGUAUUGGACAUCCCUCUGCCCGAAUUACAAGGUUUGAAAACUCUGAAAGUCGCAUUCCAUCAUGCUACUAAGGAAGAAGUUGUUAUUCAUACCAUAAGACUGCCAAAACAGAGCACUGUGGGAGAUGUAAUUAAUGACCUUAAAACUAAGGUUGAAUUGUCUCAUCCAGAUGCAGAACUUAGGUUGCUUGAAGUUUUCUAUCACAAGAUUUACAAGGUUUUUCCUCACAGUGAAAAGAUUGAGAACAUAAAUGAUCAAUACUGGACGUUACGGGCCGAAGAGGUUCCUGACGAAGAGAAAAAUCUUGGUCCUAAUGAUCGUGUAAUUCAUGUCUACCAUUUCACUAAAGACACAGCUCAGAACCAAAUGCAAAUUCAAAACUUUGGGGAACCUUUUUUCUUGGUCAUACAUGAAGGUGAAACUUUGGCUGAAAUUAAAGCUCGAGUACAAAAGAAAUUACAGGUUGUGGAUGAGGAGUUUGCCAAGUGGAAGUUUGCGUUUCUUUCCCUAGGUCGCCCAGAAUAUCUCCAGGACUCUGACAUUGUGUCUAGUCGGUUUCAGAGAAGAGAUGUUUACGGUGCGUGGGAGCAAUAUCUUGGGCUGGAACACUCUGACAGUGCUCCUAAAAGAGCGUAUGCAGCUAAUCAGAAUCGCCACACAUUUGAAAAGCCAGUAAAAAUCUACAACUAG